UCAUUGUUGCCUUAAAAACACAUAAUCAAAAACCUGAGUUCCGCAUUUUACUCGAUUCUCUGUUGUUUCUAAUCUCGUCUUUCAAAUCCCAAUUAUCUCACCUUUCACACCUUCUCAUUCUUCUUCAUUUCAUGGUCAUCAUUCAUUUCCUUCCAUUUUCUUUUAAAAAAGCAUCAUUGGUCUCUAUCUGUUUGAUUUUUUUUCCUCUUAGACCUUCCCUUCUUUGCAUCUUUUUGCCCAUUCAUCAAUACCAUUAGUAAACAACAUGAACAAUGGAACCUUGCAUCAAUGCUUGGAGGAGAUUAAGGAAUAGUUGCUUCUCUCUUGAAUCUUAUAGCUAUCAUCAACGUGCUCUAUAGGCAAAAACAUAAUCUCUCUCACAUUUAUUUGAAAACGGCUGUUCCAUUGUGUUCUUAGUCCAUUAUCAUGUCUACCAAGUCCAAGAUCAAAGGGAUCUACAAAAGUUUCAAAUACAUUUCUCAACUCUUUGUUGUGAAGGAGAGAGAGAUGGAAAUUGGGUACCCCACAGAUGUUAAACAUGUAGCACAUAUUGGCUGGGAUGGCCCUCCUGGCAGUGGCACUGCACCAAGUUGGAUGAAUGAAUUCAAGACAGUCCCUGAUUUCACAACAACAUCAAUAGAUUUUGGACAAUCCAUGGGAUCCCAACCUGCAACAGAGAUCAUAAGGAACCUGUCAGCCAAGGACAUGCCAAAUGUUCCCAAGAAACAAAAAUGGAAAAAGAAGAGCAGUUCAUCAAAAUCUUCACUAAAGGCUACAUACACUCAACUGGGUUCAUCAACAGACUUUGAAGCUUAGAAAAUCAACAUCAUGCAACAUUGUGGAUUUUGAUUUUCAAACAACUGAUUCAAGGUAUAUUCAUGGAGAUAACAAAGUAAGUUGUAGGAACUUAAAAAGCAAAUGCUUGUGUAAAUUAGAUUUUCAUAUGUUAAUUUUAUGAACAUAAGGAAUGAUUACGGUCCAAAAAGGGUAUGAAGAUGUUUUGGCUUA